AUGGCGGCGGCGGGCGCCCUGCAGACAGGCCGCGCCCGCCUGCUGGCCGCUUGCUGCACUCGGCUCGCCGUGGGCUGGAGGCUUUCGGGCCCGUGUGCGGUCCGGCGGCCGGGCCCGGCGGCCUGGUUGCCCACGGCGGCCGGGGGCCCCGCCCUGAGGCGGAAUUACAGCUCCGAGGGGAAGACGGAGGACGAGCUGCGGGUGCGGCACCUGGAGGAGGAGAACCGAGGAAUUGUGGUGCUUGGAAUUAACAGAGCUUAUGGCAAAAAUUCACUCAGUAAAAGUCUCAUAAAAAUGUUAUCAAAAGCUGUGGAUGCUUUGAAAUCUGAUAAGAAAGUUCGGACUAUAAUAAUCAGAAGUGAAGUCCCAGGGAUAUUCUGUGCUGGUGCUGACCUUAAGGAAAGGGCUAAAAUGCAUUCCAGUGAAGUUGGUCCUUUUGUCUCCAAAAUAAGAGCAGUGAUUAAUGACAUCGCUAAUCUUCCAGUACCAACAAUCGCAGCAAUAGAUGGACUUGCUCUGGGUGGCGGUCUGGAGCUGGCUUUAGCGUGUGAUAUACGGGUAGCAGCCUCCUCUGCAAAAAUGGGCCUGGUUGAAACAAAGUUGGCAAUUAUUCCUGGUGGAGGGGGUACGCAGAGGUUACCCCGAGCCAUAGGGAUGUCUCUGGCCAAGGAGCUCAUCUUCUCUGCACGAGUGCUUGAUGGAGAAGAAGCCAAAGCCAUGGGCCUGAUUAGCCAUGUGCUGGAACAGAACCAGGAGGGGGACGCUGCCUACAGAAAGGCCCUGGACCUGGCGAGAGAGUUCCUUCCUCAGGGCCCCGUUGCAAUGAGAGUGGCAAAAUUAGCAAUUAAUCAAGGGAUGGAGGUCGACUUAGUAACAGGGUUAGCUAUCGAAGAAGCUUGUUAUGCUCAGACCAUUUCAACAAAAGACAGACUUGAAGGUCUUCUUGCUUUUAAAGAGAAAAGACCCCCUCGCUACAAAGGAGAAUAAGAGAAACAGCAAGUCAUUCAAUACCCUAUAAUUGCUUCUGGAAGCAUCUUUCAGAUCACCCUAUGCCUCGGCACCUGGAAUACAACCAAAGUGGAAAGUGAGCUGUAUGUAGUAUGAUAACCGCCUGGACAGGCUCAACCAUGUACUCAUGCAAUGUGCACCAUGUCGUGUUUAUUCAGAUUUAUAAAUCUCCCAGUAUAUAUUGUCAAAACAGAUUAAAAUUAGGUAUAUGUUUAUAAAUAUUUUCUGCAUAUCAGGCUUUCUGUUCUUAAUUUUUUAAUGUGAAUAAUUUAUAUAUUGCUCUCUAGAAAAUAAUAUUGAUUUUAUGUAUAUGUGCUGCAUUAAGAAAAUAAAAUUAUUUCUGUAUACCAAAAAUGUGAAGUUAUACCAAAUGAAAUCUCUGAAUGAUUAUUGUACAUAUGAACAGAGAUAAUGUAUGUUUCAACCUGAAAAAAAUAAUACUCUGAGUGAAAAUUACCAAAUAUAAUAAAAAUUAGUGUAAAGAAGACUUGAAAUUUUCUUUUACCCAUCCUUUUUGAACAAAUCACUGCAUGUUGGAGUUCAGAAGAGUUUUCCAUCUCACAGCUCUAGAACAGUGUUGGUGGUGGAGAAUUAGUCCAAUCAGGCCAGGACUGCAGUGCUGUGAAGCCACGGGAAGCUGGGCUCUCCUGCCAGCACGUGGCUGGGCCCGCUAGCAUGAAACGGCCUGGCCAGGAAGCAGUGGUUUGAGGCCCUGGUUAAAUGAGGUAGACACUGUCCCAACCUAGCAGUCCUUCUAACAGGCCUGCCAUGCCUUUGCCUGUAGCAGCCACAGCAUCUCUGAAAGCAGAGUUCUGAGUGUUUGAGUGACUGUGGCUAGGCCUGGUUAGGGCUGUGUGUGAGAUAGGAAGCCCACUGCUGAAAUGGAGAGCAGGCAAUCUCUCAGACAACUUCAGCUAGCUCUGCUUGACUUCUUCAAGCCAGCUUGAUAGCUGGGCCUGGUCACCCCAAAGACAGAACUUGUCCCAGGUAUUUGCUACAAACUGCAGUGUGUUGCACUGGCCUGCAGACCCUAUGCUUGACAGAGGGAGGGGGAAAAUAUGGGUGCUCCAGGGCCUCCAGCCAUUGCAAAUGAACUCCAGACGUGUGCACCCCCUUGUGCUUCUGGCUAAUGUGAGUCCUGGAGAAUUGAACCAGGGUCCUUUGGCUUUGCAGGCAAAUGCCUUAACUGCCAAGUCAUCCCUCCAGCCUCAAACUUACUUUUUAACACAUCACUUGUUAGUUUUAAAUCUAAAAUUCUCAAGAGGGGUCAUGGUAGAUCCAGCUGCCUGCUGGCUGGCCGUGCCUGCCCUGAUGAGCACGGUGGCUGCCACUGUCCCAUCCCUGCUGCCUUUGUGCCAUGGUGAGGGCUGCUUCCUUAUUACCUGUAGCUGAGGCUACAGACCUACCUGAUAGUUAACUGAUUGGUGUCAUGUAAACAGAGCUUAUUAAAGUUCACGCUUGGCUCCCUGGUGAGCAUAUCUGUUGGCAUGCAUGCUUGUUUACUAGUGGAGCUGCUGAGCUGUUCCUUU